AUCUCGCGAAGCUUUCGCAGAUCCGUCGAUCUCUUUCUGUGAUUUUGUGGGGUUUAGGGUUCGGGUUUUAAUUUCGAUUUCGAUUUCGGUUGUCAAUUUUGAUGGCUUCGACUGCUGAUUUCCUCCUGGAGGAUCAAACGGACGAGGAUUUCUUCGACAAACUUGUUGAUGAUUCCUAUACUCCUACCGCUUCAUCCUCUGCUAAGGAGCUCAAAUUCGAUGACGGUAGUGAUUCCGAUGACGCCAGAGCUUUUGCUAAUCUCUCCGUCGUUGACGAUGUUGUGGGUGAUGGAGAUGUCGCAUUGAAUGAAGCAGGUUUGGGAAACGAUGUUGCAAACGAGGGUACUAGUGGUUCGGUGGGAAAAGACGAGCCUUCUUCAUCUAUUGCUCCGGAAGCUGUUCAAUUUGUCAACAGUGAUGCAAAUAAGUUAAGGGAUGAUGAUGAUGUGGUGAGAUCGGAGGUGGAUGAUAUGCCACUAACUGAAACAGCAAAAGAAAGUAAUAUAGUCGAUGGAUCUGGGAGUCCUGGGGUUAAGGAGGUUGGUUGGGGCUCGUUUUAUGCCGAUUCAUCUGUAAAUGACGGUCGUGGGUUUGGUUCAUACUCUGAUUUCUUCACUGAGUUGGAUGGAACUGCAGGGGAUUUACAGGGACAGGCCGAGGUAGCUGUGGCUACUGGAGGAAAAUUAGUAGCCAAUGCAACAAGUGUUGGUUUAGAUAAUUCGGCAGGGUUUGAGCAACAGCAGGGUCAAGUGCAACACGAUUCUGGAAGCGGGCAGUAUGUGGAUAAUAGUCAAUCUUGGGAAAAUCUCUAUCCUGGGUGGAAAUAUGAUGCAAGUACUGGUCAAUGGUAUCAAGUUGAUGGUCAUGAUGCAAGCGUGAAUUCACAGGAGAGCUAUACAAACUCUACAAGUAACUGGGAAAGCGUUGCUGCUGAUAUCUCGGAUGUUGCUUAUCUGAAGCAGAGUACAACAUCUGCAGCGGCUGGCACAGCCGAGAGUGUGUCUACUUGGAACCAGGUUUCACAAGUGGGGAAUGGAUAUCCGGAACACAUGGUCUUUGACGCUCAGUAUCCUGGAUGGUACUAUGAUACAAUUGCUCAAGAGUGGCGCUCUCUGGACAGCUACAACCAGGCUUCUCAAACAACUGUAACUGGUCAAGCUCAUGAUCAGCAAGUUCAGAAUGGUCAUGCUCAUACAGCUACGUAUCACAGUAAUAGCCAGAGUAGUAUGUAUGAUGUUAACGACAAAAACCAGAGUUUCAAAGCGCAAGAAUAUGCUAUGCAGAGCCAACACGGAAGUUGGGACCAAUCUUACUAUGCCAACAAUCAGCAGGCUGCAAACACUUGGCAAUCAGUAAAUGUAGGUCAGGCUGAGCCUGCUAUAAAUUCUAAUUCAUUAUCAAGCUUCAGAGGAAACCAGCAUGUAAAUAAUUUGUACAGUACAGAACCUGUGGCUGAACAGUUUAAGCCAAAUGCGAUUGGAGCGCAGAGCUUCAUCCCGCAGCAUAUGAAUGUGGCUACUGUCACACAGAAUGGACCAUUGAGUUUCUCAAACGGUGUCUAUAAUAGACAGCAAUCUGUAGAUGAUGCUCAUCAGUCUUUUCAGAACAAUCAGCUUUUCUCCCCAAGUGCGGGAAGAUCAUCUGAUGGUCGUCCACCACAUGCGCUUGUCAGUUUUGGAUUUGGUGGGAAGCUCAUUCUUAUGAAGGAUAUAAAUGGUUCUCUGCAGAAUUCAUCAUUUGGAAGUCAGGGAAUUGGGGGAAGCUCCGCCUCUGUCUUAAACUUGGCAGAAGUUAUUUCUGGGAGUUCCUCUUAUUCCAGUCAAGGGGAAGACUCUUUGAGCUACUUUCGUUGCCUGCAUCAACAAUCUCUUCCAGGUCCUUUGGUAGGAGGAAAUGUUGGAAGUAAAGAGUUGCACAAGUGGAUUGAUGAGAGAAUUUUGAAUUGUGAAUCUUCCUAUAUGGAUUUUUCAAGAGGGAAACUCUUAAAGAUGCUUCUUUCUUUACUCCGAAUAUCUUGUCAGUAUUAUGGGAAACUCCGUUCUCCUUUUGGUACUGAUGCAUCGCAAAAGGAAACGGACUCUGCUGAAGCAGCAGUCGCUAAGCUUUUUGCAUUUGCCAAGAAAGAUGGCUUACAAAAUGGUUAUGCUCCUAUUAGCCAAUGCUUGCAGCAUUUACCACCUGAAUCACAAAUGCAAGUAACUGCUUCAGAGGUUCAGAAUCUUCUGGCUUCUGGUAGAAAAAUGGAGGCUCUACAAUGUGCACAAGAAGGCCAUUUAUGGGGAAUAGCGCUUAUUAUCGCGGCACAACUUGGGGAUCAGUUCUAUGUAGACACUGUGAAACAAAUGGCCCUUCGCCAGCUGAUACCAGGGUCACCUUUACGGACAUUGUGCCUACUGGUUGCAGGACAACCAGCUGAAGUGUGUCCCGCUGGAAGUAGUAGCAUGCUUGACAAUUGGGAAGAGAAUUUGGGUAUAAUAAUUGCUAACAGAACCACAGAUGAUGAGCUUGUGAUUACUCAUCUUGGAGAUCGCAUGUGGAAAGAUAGGGGCGAGAUAAUUGCGGCGCAUAUUUGCUAUUUAAUCGCGGACAAGAACUUUGAUCCAUACUCAGAAAGCGCCAGACUCUGCCUUGUCGGAGCGGACCAUUGGAAAUGUCCUCGAACAUACGCAAGUCCAGAGGCUAUACAGAGGACAGAGUUAUAUGAAUACUCUAAGACGCUGGGAAAUUCUCAGUAUAUCCUGUUACCGUUUCAACCAUAUAAAAUCAUAUAUGCCCAUAUGCUGGCUGAAGUUGGUAAACUUUCGACUGCGCUGAAGUACUGUCAAGCAGUAUUAAAAUGCCUCAAGACAGGCCGAUCACCAGAAGUGGAAAUGUGGAAACAGUUUGUUUCAUCUCUUGAAGAGAGAAUCCGUAUCCACCAACAGGGCGGGUAUACUGCGAAUAUGGCCCCAGCAAAACUUGUUGGAAAGUUCCUGAACUUUAUUGAUACUACAGCAUCUCGUGUUGUUGGGGGGAUGCCACCACCUGCACCACAUCCAACAACCGGAAACCUGCAGGUAAAUGACUAUCAACAUCAACAGCAGGAAGCAGCUAAGUUAUCAUAUAGUCAAUCGGCUAAUACAAUGUCAUCAUUGAUGCCACCUGCUUCUUCAAUUGAACCCGUGCGUGAGUUGGGUGGGAACGGGAGGACAAUGGCAGUACAUUCUAGAAGUGUAUCAGAGCCAGAUUUCGGUAGGACGCCAAUACAGGAUCAGACUGACUCCUCAAAAGACAAAGCUGCUGAUGAGGUGACACAGGUGAAAGCAACUCGUAGUGUGCCAAGUUCUCGGUUUAGCCGCUUUGGUAUUGGAAUACUGAAGAGGGUCUUACCAUCUCGUUCAGCUAAAGAGGCAAAACUGGGUGACGAGAAUCAAUUCUACUAUGACGAUAAUCUAAAGAGAUGGGUGGAAAGAGGUGUGGAACCCCCAGCUGAGGAAGCUGCACUACCUCCUCCUCCAACGUUAGGCGCAUUCCGAAGCAACUCAUUGGGUUAUGAAAACAAAUCUGACAUGAAGAACGAGAUGUCUCCAUCUAGUGGGAGCUGGAGUAGUGGCAGCCCAACUCCGUCAGAGAAUUCUUCGGGAAUCCCACCAGUAUCACAGGGCUCAAACCAAUUCUCAGCUCGUGGACGUAUGGGUGUGCGUGCAAGAUACGUUGACACCUUUAAUCAAGGCCGUGGAAACUCCCCGAGCAUGUAUCAGUCACCUACCGUACAAUCUGCUAAACCACCGAUUCCUGCAAAAGCAAAAUUCUUCGUCCCAGCAGCACCGGCAUCGUUUGCAAACGACCAGGUAAUGGAAUCAGUUAGUGAUGAAACCAGACAGGAGAACUCAGGAGAUGAAGGGGUAGUAGGGUCUGCAGGCGCUCCAGGACCAAGCCAGUCUUCAUUCCAGUCCCCGACACCAUCUCCAAUGGCAAUGCAGAGAUUUCCAAGUCUAGACAACAUCAAAAGAAGUGGAUCAGGAAUAAGCCUUAAUGGUGAUCUUCCUCCGUCAGGAUCAAGAAGAACAGCUUCAUGGAGCGGAAGCGUCAACAGCUCGUCGUUUAUGUCUCCAACGAGUGCAUCAACAUUCAAACCAAGCCCACUGAACAGUAGCAGCAGCAGCUUAGGAGAGGAGCUUCAGGAAGUGGAACUGUAAGUUGAAAAAUCUGUAAUAUCACAACAACAACAACAACAAAAAAAGUUUUGCUCA